CAACCAACUCGAUCGCGAUCUGACGUGUGGCUGACAAGCAAGCAAAGCAGAGCCAAGCGAGAGAAGUGAAGGUACACACACACACCGCCAUCACCAACCUCACACGAUGUGCACACAACGCAAACACGAGGCACCAACACACCACCACGUCAUGCACCUCGUCCUGUCCUGUCAGCGUUUUUUUGUUUUCUUCGUUUGCGCGUUUGUGUCGUUGAUGAACAACAGUCUUCAUUUCCACAAAAGCACCACCAUCAUCAUCGUCGAACGACCUACCUCUCCACCCGCACGUCCUUGUAAUCAACCCACGCCCACGCUUGCUUGCUUGCUGAACAGGACCGAACCAACACAACCACCACCACACCCAAGAUGUCGAGCAAACCGCGCUGGCUCCCGCUGGAAAGCAACCCAGAUGUCCUGAACAAGUUUGUUCGCAACAUGGGCAUGUCUGGAGAGUACCAGUUCACGGAUGUGUAUGGACUGGAUGAGGCAUUGCUGGCCAUGGUCCCUCGCCCCGUGCUGGCGGUGGUGCUUCUCUUCCCAAUUGGAGACGCGUACGAGGCCAGCAACGCCGCAGAGGCCGAGGAGAUUCGCGAGCGCGGUCAGGUCGUCUCCGAGAACCUCUUCUCCAUGAAGCAGACCAUCUCCAACGCGUGCGGAACUGUCGGCGUGUUUCACGCCAUCGGCAACAACCUGGACAAAAUCACUCUCAAGGAAGACAGCCCGCUGGACAAGUACUUCAAGGCGUGCGAGGGCAAGUCGCGGGAGGAAAUUGGGCACAUGCUCGAGCAUGCAGAGGGUGUUUCGACAGCCCACGAGGCGAGCGCAAACCAGGGCCAGACACAGGCGCCACCACUUGAGGAACAGCUCGACCUCCACUUCAUCGCCCUCGUGCACAAGGACGGCUUCCUCUACGAGCUCGACGGCAACAAGGACUUCCCCAUCAACCACGGCGCCACCACGGAGGAGCGGCUGCUCGAGGACUCGGCAACCGUCAUUCGCAAGUUCAUGUCUCGCAAGCCCGACGACCUCCGCUUCACCGUGAUGGCCCUCACAAAGGCCUGAGCACGCUCGCUUGCCGUGUGCUGGGAGAUUAAAGCAUGCAUGACUGUGCACAUUCCCACACACGUGGCUGCAUGUUCUUGACGUGGGUGAGUGCUACGUCAGUGUGAUUUGUUCGCUGUUUCGUGUGCGUGCGGUUGUUCUGUGCGCUCGUUUGCUUUCCUCAACAUUAUACAACCCCACAGCAGUCUUAGCCGACCACCAUAAACACCACCACCACCAUCUUCGUCAUCAUCGUUGUCAAACAGCAGCACCAUACAAUGCUCUCAUGUGGCCACAUAGCAUGCGUCCAUGGAGCGGGAGCAAGUGCAAGUCAGGUGGAGUCAGGUGGAGGUUUGUACAACAACAUAACAUGCUCAAGGGG